UCCGCCCUUCCAGUAUUAUAAAGCCGAGUGAAUUUUCUUCCUGUCGGUUGGAGUUAGGAGACCGUUGUAGCUUCGCUAGAAUUUCAGCAAUAGCGGACACAAACUAACAUGGGAACCCGAGAUGAUGAGUAUGAUUAUUUAUUUAAAGUGGUGCUCAUUGGAGACUCUGGUGUGGGGAAAAGUAACCUGCUGUCCCGUUUCACACGCAACGAGUUCAACCUGGAGAGCAAGAGCACUAUUGGUGUGGAGUUCGCUACUCGAAGCAUCCAAGUGGAUGGCAAAACCAUAAAAGCUCAGAUUUGGGAUACAGCAGGACAGGAGCGCUACAGAGCAAUCACAUCAGCGUAUUACCGGGGUGCAGUAGGAGCUCUUCUGGUAUAUGACAUUGCCAAGCACCUGACUUAUGAAAAUGUAGAGCGCUGGCUGAAGGAGCUGCGUGACCACGCAGACAACAACAUCGUCAUCAUGUUGGUGGGGAACAAAAGUGAUCUGAGGCAUCUCCGAGCCGUACCCACUGAUGAGGCCAGGGCUUUUGCAGAAAAGAACAACUUGUCUUUCAUUGAAACCUCAGCUUUGGACUCCACAAAUGUUGAAGAGGCUUUUAAAAAUAUACUCACAGAAAUCUACCGUAUUGUAUCACAAAAGCAGAUCGCUGACAGGUCUGCACAUGACGAGUCUCCUGGCAACAAUGUGGUGGACAUUAGUGUCCCCCCUACCACUGAUGGGCUGAAAGGCAGCAAAUUUCAGUGUUGCCAGAACCUGUGACCCUGUUCUUUCAUCACUCCAUGUUGCUUCUUCCUCUGUUCCUCUCACAUUCAUCGCUUCUUUGCUGUGUAUUGUGCAACCGCUGCUGCCCUAGUGCCGUCUACUCAUGUCCAAAGUUCUCCCCAGUCCUGUGAAGUCCUAGAUAACAUUCCAUAUUUUUUUUUUUUGUCUUUUUUUGUCCUUAUUUGAUUGUUUGUAUACAACUUUUUGUGUAUUUUCUCUUUUUUUUUUCUUUUUUUUUUUUUGGUCAUCACAUCUGAUUUCAUGCUACUUAAUGAAUUCAUUUUUGGAAGUGAUUCUGGUUGGGCACUGAUCGUGUGACCCAAUCCUAAGGAAAAGGAUGGUGAGGGAUCAGUGUGUCUCGAGCUUCCAGCCACUCUGUGGAGUUUCCGCUUGGGGAUUCCCGACACUAAGCAAGGCAUCUGUUCAGCCGGUCCCGGGAAGGGAUCCCUGCUAGUUUAACUUUUGGCUGAGAGUCAGCAUGGGGCAAAAAUACAUUGUCUGAAUCAUAUAGAUACCAAAGGGAGACUGCAAUCAUUUGAACAUUUCCAACUGCACAGUUAAUAAAUGAUUCUGCACUAUUUAGAGCAGCACUGGGUGACAGUCCUGAGCGAGUUAAUGUAAUGAUUCUAUAUUGUGUUCAGGGCGACAAUUCUAGCGGUCAUGUGAAUGCAGAUGUUUCCUGUAUCUCCUAUAUAAAGUGACAGUUAUCCCAGCCCAGGCUUUGCACUGUUAAGUUAUAGGAGCUGUUAACCAGGAGGGUGUGUUUCUGGUUACACUGUUUAAGCUGGUUGCCUGUCUUUCAUCUCGUGUCUGAACGUGCAUCACCCUGUUACUGGAUUCUUGUUUGAAAUUGUGUGGUUAGUUUGAAAAUGCCUUGUUUCCCAUGCUGUGAUUAAAAAAAGCCUUUAUUAAAGCGUGGUUCUAUGACAUUCACAUAUCCAUGAAUUCACAUCAGCUGUUUUGACUUUUAUCCAGUUAUAUUGGGAUGGAAAAUAAACCAAAUUACCAUCA